AUGUCCCGUCGGUCGUCCCGAGUAGAUUUCCACAACAAUUACAAACCUAUGGAUCAUUCAAUACCAAUAAAACCGUCAAAAAUACAUAUCUUCUGGGAGGCUUAUUUGAAAUGCAACAGCAUCGUGGGAAAUGAACUUAAAAACGAUUUUAAAAUUGCAUGGUUUGAUUUACUGCUAUCCGAAAUACUGUCUGUACAUGAAAAAAUAAAAAAAGUUCCUGAAGAUAUUCAAAAAGCACAGUAA